GCUCGCCCUCUGAUCCCCUGAAGAUGGCACUGAGCAACCAUGCCAUCGGAGCCAUCAACUUCGUUGCCGUACUCCUCGCAAUCCCGAUAAUCGGCGCCGGAAUCUGGCUAAUGAACGAGCCUGCAAAUGCCUGCGUUAAGACACUACAAUGGCCAGUCAUUCUACUUGGCGUUCUGAUACUGCUGGUGGCUCUAGCUGGCUUCAUUGGAGGGUUCUGGAGAAUCCAAUGGCUCCUCAUUGUCUACAUGGUGGCCAUGCUCGUGCUCAUUAUACUUCUGGUGUGCUUGGCGGUGUUCAUCUACAUGGUCACGCUCAGAGGCCACGGCGACAUUGAACCCAACCGAGCUUACUUGGAAUACCAUCUCGACAACUUCUCCGGCUGGCUCCGCCGCCGUGUCAGGAGUUCCUAUAAAUGGGACGGCAUCAGAAGCUGCCUUAGCGCCUCCAAUAUGUGUAAUGAGUUGAACCAGAGUUAUCGCAUGGCUCAGGACUUCUUCAACGCGCAUCUAACGCCCAUGCAGUCUGGAUGCUGUAAGCCACCAACACAAUGUGGGUACACUUUUGUGAAUCCAACCUACUGGAUAAGCCCCAUUAAUACAGCAGCUGAUAUGGAUUGCCUUCAAUGGAGCAACGACCAGACCCAAGUGUGCUACAACUGCGACUCGUGCAAAGCUGGGUUACUGGCAAAUCUCAGGAAAGAAUGGAGGAGGGCUAAUGUCGUUUUGAUCAUCACUGCCAUUGUCUUAAUCCUAACUUACCUCAUAGGUUGUUGUGCCUUCAGGAAUGCCAAAACUGAUGAGAUGUUUAGCAAAUACAGGCAAGGCUACACUUGAAAUUAGAAAUCGGUGAGACCUGAAAGUGAAGCUCAUGUACUGGUAGAAAGCUAUAUAGUUCUCAACAGCUAGAGAGCAGAGUCUGUAUUGAUUCUCAGUGGGGUUUGUGUUUGAAAAGUGGUCUGUCCAUUAUUUAUGAUUUUGUAUCUCUUUUUUUGAAUCAUCUGAAAAGAUGUUUGGACCUUUUUAUGAAUAGCGUUUGAAACUUUGGGGGGUGGGAUGGGAGAGGGUCCGCGUGAUUUGCGUCAUAGAGGCCACCGAAAGUUGAUUUCUCGAGUUACUAAAUGCUUAUAUAUUGACACUAUA